UCACUGAUCACAUUGUAUUAGACCACAUCCACAUGUAUCCACUUGUAUUUGCUUGUAUCGCGACCGAUGUAUCAAAGGACUGUGAGCAGAACAUAACCAAACCGAACUAUGUAUGUAAAUUGCUGGUAAGAAUAAAGGCGCUAAACUAUUGACACAUGUAAAACAUGUCAAAAAUAACUGGGUACGAUACGCACGACGAUGGACCAGGUUUCGUUGGUAUUAGAUUUUGUCAAGAAUGCAAUAAUAUGUUAUAUCCUAAAGAAAACAAAGAAAACAAAGUGCUAAUGUACGCGUGUAGAAACUGUGAUUUCAAGCAGCUAGCUGACAGUAAUUGCAUUUACGUGAACAAAAUUAUGCACGAAAUCGACGAACUAACGCAUAUCGUAGCGGAUGUUAUAUCGGAUCCUACUUUACCAAGAACAGAGGAACAUCCUUGUCCAAAGUGUAACCACAGGGAGGCAGUAUUUUUUCAAGCACAGACCAGACGAGCAGAAGAGGAAAUGAGGUUAUAUUAUGUGUGUACCAAUCAACAUUGUUCUCAUAGAUGGACAGAAUAAAACUUCAAGAGUAAUUUAUACAUUUACCAGAUUAAAUAAAUUUUAUAGGAAAACAAAAAGAAUGUACUUUAACAAAAAAACAAACACAAUAAAGCAUCAAUAUUUUAUUACA